AGACUUUGAAUAUGAUUCUAAAUUUGAAUUUUUUUUCUUGAUCCGAUAUAAUCAAACAACACCGUUCUCCACUUCCAUACCUAAUACUUGCAAUCACUUGGGGGAAGAUACUCACUAAUCAUAUAACAAUAACUCCCAAACAUAAUACUAACCUCUAUAGAAAGAAAAAAAAAAUGGAACACCAAUCAUAUUUAUCAAUCCGAUUAUGAUGCUUACAACUCAUUUAUAAAAAUGUAUUCAUUCAAUAAUCUAAAAAUGCUUAAAGCACAAUUUAACGAAUAUGUAUACCUAACAAUACAUUUCACAAAUAUACCUUUGAGCAUUUUAACAAAAUUACAAAUUUUUAUGGGGAAAUCAGGAAUCCCUAAGAUAUCUCUUCUCCAUGAAGAGCAAAUAAAAACGAUGAUAGCCAAAUUAGGAUAACAUUAAAAAUCACACGUGGAUUAGUCGUGUCAGUGACAGACUCUCUAAUCUCUAUCCUUCCUAUCCCAACUACAAGAUCAGAACCAAAAGCGACAAAAACCCAAACAAAUGGCUAACGUUAGACAAAAUCACAAUACAAAAAUUACUUUUAGAAAGCUCUAAAAAUGAUUUUCUUCCAUUAAAAAUAAGUAUAAUUAAAAUAAUAAAUGGGUUAGCUCAGUGCCUCGGUCAUUAUCCGGUAUAUAAAAUACAGCUUCUCCUCACUCAUUCUGUUGCAUUCCGUGUCUCUUCACGAGCUCAAUCCAUUUGUGAGUUAGUUCUCUCUAUCCAUCUUGCCACUCCUCUGGUUUUGGUAACGCUUGGUUCUCUCUUUCCUUUCGUUUUCCGUAAAAAGAAAGUCUAUCUCCGUGAUGGGGUUUGAUCUGUUUUCGGUUAGAUCAUGUAAAUUAUGAUGCUUGAUUGUGAUAUGGCGGUCUCGGUCGCUUUAGAUAUGUUAUUGAGUUUUAUGGUCUGUUCGACGAAAUGCUUAAGAGAAAUUCUCGAAUGAUUCAUGAUGUGGGUUGCUGAUCGGAUUAUCGUUUGUGGUUCGAUCGUUUGCUGAUUUCUCAUAUGCUGGGGCUUCUCUUCUCCUAUGAUUGUCUUUUUCGUGGCUGUUGGAUUGAUGAUGAAAGUUCGGUUCUUUUCUGUUCAUGGUUGAUCUCCCAGAGUCUGAUGAACAAAAUGAAAAGCGGGAGGGUAGUGUUGCUUCUUCUCCUUUGCUGGAACGUAGCCAAUUUUGCAGUGAUUGCUGCCGCUCCACAAACUUGCCCUGCAAAUCUCCAGGGACAAUGUGGCGAAUCAGAGGAAUGGAAAGGUGAAUUCUUUCCUGGAAUUCCCAAGAUAAAGUAUGAGGGUCCUAAUAGCAAGAACCAUUUGGCAUUUAAAUGGUACAAUGCUGAAGAAGUGAUUCUUGGGAAGAAAAUGAAGGAUUGGAUGAGAUUCAGCGUCGCUUUCUGGCAUACAUUCCGCGGCACAGGAGGUGAUCCCUUUGGAGGGCCUACCAAGUUUUGGCCUUGGGAGGAUGGCACUAACUCAGUGGCCAUGGCCAAAAGAAGAAUGAGGGCAAACUUUGAGUUCUUGAACAAGAUUGGAGUGGAUUAUUGGUGUUUCCAUGAUAGAGAUAUUGCCCCUGAAGGCGAUACUCUAAAGGAAAGUAAUGAAUACUUGGAUGAAGUGGUUGCUCUUGCUAAGGAACUUCAGGGAAGCAAGAUCAAACCGUUGUGGGGAACUGCUCAGUUGUUCGUGCAGCCUCGAUACAUGCAUGGUGCUGCUACAAGUUCUGAGCUCGGUGUCUAUGCAUAUGCUGCUGCUCAAGUUAAGAAAGCAAUGGAUGUUACAAAUUACUUGGGUGGAGAAAAUUAUGUCUUUUGGGGAGGCCGGGAGGGUUACCAGACUCUUUUGAACACGGAUAUGGAACGAGAACUCAAUCAUUUGGCUAGUUUCUUCCACUCUGCUGUUGCCUACAAGAAGAAGAUUGGAUUCAAUGGCACCUUGCUAAUUGAGCCCAAGCCUCAAGAACCAACUAAACACCAGUAUGAUUGGGACGCCGCCACAGCUGCAAAUUUUUUGAGGAAGUAUGGCCUUUUGGGAGAGUUCAAGCUCAACAUUGAGUGCAACCAUGCCACUCUCUCCGGUCACAGCUGCCAUCAUGAACUUGAAACUGCACGAAUCAAUGGCUUGCUUGGAAACAUUGAUGCAAACACUGGCGACCCUCAAGUUGGAUGGGAUACCGAUCAGUUCUUGACAGACAUUUCUGAGGCAACUAUGGUCAUGCUUAGCGUCAUUAGAAAUGGAGGAAUAGCCCCAGGAGGGUUCAAUUUCGAUGCUAAACUGCGUCGAGAGAGCACGGAUGUAGAGGACAUCUUCAUUGCUCACAUUGUUGGAAUGGAUACUUUGGCCCGUGGACUUCGAAGUGCUGCCAAGCUGGUUGAGGAGGGUUCUUUGACCGAGCUUGUCCGCAAGCGUUAUGAGAGCUUCGACUCUGAAAUUGGGAAGAAGAUCGAGGCUGGGGAUGCCGACUUGGAGUUCUUGGAGAAGAAAGCAUUGGAAUGGGGUGAACCCAAGGUUCCUUCUGCCAAGCAGGAGCUUGCUGAGAUGCUGUUCCAGUCUGCAUUGUAGAUAGAAGUUGCAGUAUAGCAGAAGAAAAAGAAUCAUCAGUAGGGCUUUUCUUUACUUUUCUUAGACUUCCAUGGAAAAUAAGUUCACAAGAGUUUGCCUCUCUCUCUCUACUUUGUAGCCUUCUCAGAACGUUUUUUUUUCCUUCGUCUGUUGGCCCCAUGGUAUAAAUUGGGAGGUCUCGAAAUUGAGUUAUUAUGGUCGCCAUUGUUAUGCCAUGGUUCCUAUCACAGCAAUUCCAGUCUUAACUUAAUUGAAGGUCCUUAUCACCGGGCCUCUCCUUAUGUAAGCCUGCAGCUAUGUUUUUGGUGGGACUUUGAAUGUUACAUCCUUGGGGUUGUUAUGAAACCUAGUAUGAGUGCAGCUAUGUUUUGUUUUGGACCAGAUAGAAAGAUGGUGGGUCUUAUUCCUUUGCAAAAGGGGUCAAAACUAACACGUAGCAAUGAUCAAUCAAAAUCAACGUAAAAGUCUAGAUAGAUAGUUUGUUUAUUGUGAAUCACAUGUAGAGUUAGUACUUAGUAAACAGUCCUGUUAUGUUAGUGUACCAUGUGGCCUGUGGGCACUCUCAAGUCAGCUAGUGUCAUAUAAUAUUCACGGAUUUGGAAUAGGAAUACUCACUUAUUUGCGUGACAUUUGUCAUAAGUCUCCGAAUUCAUAAUAGGAAUGAGUGGUGAGGCAAGAUUUGGAGUGAAGAAGGACCGAAAAUAACUUGAAUCUCCUCUUCAUACCAUUUUCUAAUAUUUCGUCAAGAUACAAAUACUUUUAUGAUAAUUUUAGAUUAAAAAAAUUGGAAGCUCUCCAUAGACUACAUCAAGAUCCAUAACUGGAAUCAACUCUCAUAUCCUCCUUAAUAAUAGAGAAAAGUUUGAGUAAGGAUAAUAAGGUAAUUUAGGUUUCAAAGCUCGUAAAUACAAUACAACCACAUCCAUCAUUAGAUAUCCAACAGUUUUUUCUCCAAAAUCAAGAGUAUCCAAAUCCAUUGUCCAUCCUUCAUUUUUCAAAUCUAAAAAUUUAACGAAAAUCUUUCUUGGCCUUGUUAUGAUAACAUGGUCUAGAAUCUAGAUAGCGUCACCUCGCUAGAAGUAUCACGACAUACUUGAUGAGUACUUACACUCCCAAACCGUCUUGCCUCCCCUAAUCACGAUUACUGAGCAUUAUAUAAGGUUUAAUCAAUCACCUCAAGAUCCAUGCAUGUUACCAUUUGUCCUUUUCCACAAUCGAGAUUUCUGAAUAAUCCACAAUUUGAUCCGUCAUUAGAUUAGAAAAAUGUUGCAUAAAAUCAAGAAGGACUACUUCCAAUUAUAUGAAUUCAAAUUUAGUUCACUCUAAUUGUUUUGAAACUGCAAAUUCAAUGAUAAUUAAUUUUGCUACGGAGUAUAUACUAGUUCAAACCGAUACCUAAUGCAUCGGCUCCCAAACAAUAACCCACUAAUCGUCCAAAUCUAAACAAUAUCCUCAUCCAAGAACCAAAUCCGCUACUCACUUCGAGGGUAGAUUCUUCGUCAGUAAAAUAGAUCUCAUGCAAUUAGGGAAGGAUUAUUGAUCCAUUAUAUACACAAUAAGACAAUCCAAUGUCACAUUGGGAAUAAAAUUUUAUAAUUUAU